CGACUGUUGGAGUUUUUUCGUAUAUUUCGUCGACUUGGCUGAGACUUCGCAGCUAAGCUGCUAGACAAACAUUCUCUACCACCCCCAGUGUCUCCAAUACGAAGCCAGCCAUGAGUUCCAUGAAUGAGAGAGUGCACCCCGUCGCUGAGAGUCCGCCCUCCCCUGUCUAUGGGCAGACUAGUAACGCCCUGGAUGUUAACGAUGUCGCGUCUGAAGCCAAGAUCUUCGACCAAGAAAGCUUCAAAGACCACCUUGAUUUGCUGUCUUUGGCGAAGGUCAAUCACGAAGGCGAUGAGACUUCCUUGGCUCCGAUAAUCGCUGCUCGUGCCCUCAACCUUCCCUCAGAUAUGCCAAGUGGAAGCCUAACCAAGCUUCCAAAGGUGCAGCAGUACGGUCUGUUGGCAGGACUGGCCCCGGAAAUGGGUUUCCAGAAGGACGAGGAAGUGAACCCUCAUAAUGAUCCACGAGUCCUUUUCAAUGUGACUUCGCCGUCAAGCACUUUCAUUUGCGGGUCACAGGGCUCCGGAAAGAGUCAUUCCCUGUCCUGCAUCCUGGAGAACUGUCUGAUUCCCUCCAAGGCUGGUAAUCUCAAGAAUCCUUUGACGGGGUUGGUCUUUCACUAUGAUUUAUUCAUCAGCGACUCGACGGGCUCGCCUUGUGAAGCAGCGUUUCUCUCAUCGAGCCCCGAAGUCAAAGUGAGAGUACUGUGCUCUCCCACCAAUAUCCAGACCAUGAGAUACACCUACUCGCGAUUUAAAAAUGUCACAGUCGAGCCACUUCAAAUUGAUGAAACAGAUCUGAAUACCCAGAGAAUGCUCAACCUUAUGGCUGUCAGUCAAAGUGAUACAGGAAUGCCGCUAUACAUGCACACCUUGUUGCGUAUCUUAAGGGAACUUCGUAUUGAGCAGCAGGAGACAGGAACGCAAUUCAAGUACCAGGAAUUCAAAAGUCGCCUACUGGACGCCAACCUAACCAACGCCCAAUGCGAGCCCUUGAAGCAGCGACUUGAUACUUUGGAGAGUUUUAUGCCCAAGCCCCAGGCUGGGUUUUUCAGUGGUGGCCAAAAGAGAAAGCAGAAUGUCACCGCGAGGCGUGGCUCGACUUGGGAUCCUGUGGCCGGUCGCUUGACCAUUAUCGAUCUAUCCUGCCCCUGCAUUUCGCCAGAUACAGCUUGCUGCUUGUUUGAUAUCUGCUUGAGCAUUUUUCUGGAACAAGAUCAGUCAGUGGGUCGUGUAGUUGCGUUGGAUGAAGCUCACAAGUAUAUGAACUCAUCCGCCGAAGCUAGCGCGUUUACAAAAGCCUUGUUGGCCGUUGUUAGACUACAGCGCCAUCUCGGGGUGCGCAUCAUCAUUUCAACCCAGGAACCCACUAUUUCGACUGAUCUCUUGAAUUUGUGCUCCGUGACCAUCGUUCAUAGGUUCACUUCACCGGAGUGGUUUCGAAUCCUCCAUCACCAUCUGGCCGGUGCCUCCGACAACUGCUUUGCCGCUAAGUCUGGGGCUUUGCUCGAGGACGAAAACGAGGAAGAGGAGGCAGAAUCGCUUUUUACCAAGAUUGUGCGUCUGACGGUUGGAGAAGCGCUGUUGUUUGCUCCCAGUGCGAUUGUCGGAACCAGGGUGGCCAAAGAUGGCGAUGUAACUGUCCAUCGGCUGGGUGUUAGGCAUUUGUCUGUGAAGGUCCGGGCUAGAUUAACCGAUGACGGAGGAAAAUGCGUCCUUUCAAUUUGA